UUGAUUUCCUUGUUCUCGCUCCGCUUUUUAAAGUCCAUCAUUAACGGGAUUAAACAGCUGAGAUUUUAGAGGGAUGGAAGUGUAGAGUUUGAGGCGAUGUUUGCCGGUCUCUUCGCCUGAUUGGACCGGGGAGAGAUGAUGUCAGACGACCGCAUGCGCCCCGGAUUGGAGAGAGCGGAGUAAACAAAGCCUCGAGGAGGAGGAGGAGAGGUCUCCACAUCUCCAGACAGUCCGACCGACACACCGAAUCCGACUUUACGCACAGGAGAGGGCGGCCCCGGCGGCGCGUACUCGUCUGCUAAAGGCUGAAAGUGACGCUGACAGUCCCGCUUUAAUGGGCCACGCGUUCAAAAAGACUUUCGGACAAGCUGAAAGGAAAAAUACCUUCGUCUUCUAAUCCGGACGCGGUGCCGUCUACUCAGCAGAGUAGGAGAGUGAUUCUUAAACUUCGCGCGUAACUGUUCGCAAAGUAUCUUUGGGCCACUCGUGCGUAUUUGGUUUAAUUAUUCCGAUCCCGUGAAGUAACGCAAUAAUGCGAAAAUAAGCUAGUUAACUGAGAACAGACACACCGGCUAUGCUGAGCGAUCUGUUGGAGACAGCCUGAACCAGGCUGCGUAUCCAGAGCAUGGUGCGCUAACUGGGGAGCAGGCGGAAAGAAGGACAGAAAGUUAGAGACAAAGAGCUAAAAAAAAACUCUUUUCACAGGACAUUUAGAGGUGUGUUUGUGAGGACGUCUGCCUCUCCCGUCCAGGUGUCCCGCCGAGCGGUGCGGAGUCUCCAGCUCAGGCCGGCAGCGCUGACAUGCUGCCCAAAGUCGAGACUGAAUCCUUGGGACUCUCUCGAUCGUAUGGGGAACAGGGGCACAUGCCAAGGAACAUGCAAGCACCCCAGUUAAAAAUGAUGGACUACUCUUAUGACGAAGACUUGGACGAGAUGUGUCCCGUGUGCGGAGACAAAGUUUCAGGCUAUCACUACGGACUUCUGACCUGCGAGAGCUGCAAGGGCUUCUUCAAGCGCACCGUCCAGAACAACAAGCGCUACACAUGUAUAGAGAACCAGAGCUGCCAGAUUGACAAAACCCAGAGGAAGCGCUGCCCGUACUGCCGCUUCCAGAAGUGCCUCACCGUCGGCAUGAAGCUAGAAGCUGUGCGAGCAGACCGUAUGCGUGGGGGUCGCAACAAGUUUGGCCCCAUGUACAAACGUGACCGUGCCCUAAAGCAGCAGAAGAAGGCGCUGAUCCGAGCAAACGGCCUGAAGAUCGAGGCCAUGACUCAGGUGAUGCAAGCAGUACCCACUGACCUCACAAUCUCCUCAGCCAUCCAGAACAUUCACUCAGCCGCCUCAAAAGGCCUGCCGCUGAGCCACCACACAGGCCACCACACCGGCCACCACCAUCACCACCACCAUCAUCAUCACGCCACCGCCCUGCCCCCCACAGACUACGACCGCAGCCCCUUUGUCACCUCCCCUGUAAGCAUGGCGAUGCCCCCACACGCCGGCAGCCUGCAGGGCUACCAGGCAGCCUACGGACACUUCCAGGGUACACGCACCAUCAAGUCAGAGUACCCAGACCCAUACACCAGCUCGCCAGAGUCCAUUAUGGGCUACGCCUAUGUUGACGCUUACCAGUCAGGCUCACCGCCUAGUUUCCCUCACCUCAUCGUAGAGCUGCUAAAGUGUGAGCCAGAUGAGCCGCAGGUUCAGGCCAAGAUCUUGGCCUACCUGCAGCAGGAGCAGGCCAGCCGGGGCAAGCAUGAGAAGCUCAACACCUUCGGCCUCAUGUGCAAGAUGGCGGACCAGACGCUCUUCUCCAUCGUGGAGUGGGCACGCAGUAGCAUCUUCUUCCGGGAACUAAAGGUGGAUGAUCAGAUGAAACUACUGCAAAACUGCUGGAGUGAACUCCUCAUCCUCGACCACGUCUUCAGACAGGUGGUGCAUGCCAAGGAGGGCUCCAUCCUAUUGGUCACUGGCCAGCAGGUGGACUAUGCAGUCAUCGCUUCACAGGCAGGAGCCACCCUAAACAACCUGUUAAGCCAUGCCCAAGAGCUGGUGGUCAAGCUACGGUCCCUGCAGCUGGAUCAACGAGAGUUUGUGUGUCUCAAGUUCCUGGUCCUGUUCAGCCUGGAUGUAAAGAACCUGGAGAACUUCCACCUGGUAGAAAGCGUCCAGGAGCAAGUCAACGCGGCGCUGCUGGACUACGUCAUGUGCAACUACCCGCAGCAAACAGACAAGUUCGGCCAGCUGCUCCUCCGGCUGCCAGAGAUCCGAGCCAUCAGCCUGCAGGCCGAAGAAUACCUUUACUACAAACACCUGAAUGGGGACGUGCCCUGCAACAACUUGCUUAUUGAAAUGCUACAUGCCAAGAGGGCCUAAGAGGAGGAUCAUGCUACCAAUAAUGCAGCUGUGCGGACAUUCUUCAGAGUUUUGCUGCAGCGCAAAAACUCCUAAUAAUGCUUUCACCAAACUGAACCUCCAGCUAAGACUUGACUGUGUAAUGUGCACACACAAACAACAUAUUGAUCCCUUUAUGCUAAAAAGAAAGGUCUGAAGAAGAGCAGCUUCUCCUAAACCACACAGACAGUACUGAAAGCAAAAAACACUUGAAACAAACUGCUGUGAGAUGGGAGGUAAUUGUUGCCACUUGCACAGACUAUCAAGCCUGGCAGGCUGCAACUUAAAGAAUUAACAACCCUUGGGUGUUUUAGCGCUGGUGACACUGUGGGAAGCUUUUUGUGCUGAGAAAGGAAGGUGAGUGGCAGCGCACAUCUUUCACACAGCUUUGUGACUAGAGCUGUGGCUUAUUUCUGUGGACGAUCAUCCGGUGAGCACCCUCAGUUAAAGCGGCUCCCAGCUGUUGUUGGUACUGUAAAGACAAAAGGACAAGUAUCGAACCAGGCCAGAGACUCUUACCUACCUACCGUCAUGUCUGUUUUUUGAGAUGCCACCUGGCAGCUUGACCUGACUGAAAAAAUGAGAACUGAAAAUGAAAAAAUAAAGGUCUAAAAAAGGAACAUUCUUUAAUGAACAAAAUAAUAAACAGGCCAUUAAGAAGAAAAAUAAGACUUUUUUUCUCUUGUAAUGGACGUCAUUUGCUCCUCAUGGUCACCUUGUGGAUUCCCUUUCUUAUUCCAACUCCCUGAACCAUCUUAAACUAUGUACCUCAGAAAGACCAGUGUUAAAUAAAUUCAAUUAAUAAUGUCAGAGGAAACAGUUGUAUUUAUAGACCAUUUUCCCUGCAAAAAACACCCCCCUCCCCUCCCCCUUUUUAUUAUUCCAUCACAACUGGAACAAAACAAAGCGUGAUUCUGGAAACGGAGAAGGAUCUACCCCUGCCUUUGUCCGAAAGACCAAAGCCUGCUGCAGAACGGAAGAAGGAAAUUACAAAAACCUUAAUAAUCAGUGUUAUAAGAGAAAAAAAAAGAUUUGUGAUGUCACAGUUAUGUGAGUCUUGCCUUAUUUCAUUACCAUGCUAGCUAACCGUGCAGAUGUGAAUGGAAAUAUGUACAAAUAUAUAUAUAAAGUAUUAAUGUUGUAAAAUUAAAAAAGAGUAAUUCAACAGGUGUUUACAUUCACGUGGUCAUAUGGGAGAGAACUGUGAUGAGGCAGAAAUUGCAAAGCAAUGAUUUCCUUAAAAAAAUGAAAUCAACAAAAUGAAAAAGAUCCCUCUGGUUUGCUUUCUUUGUCGUGUGUACAGUGUUUUAUUUUAUAUUUGUUUUGAGCAGUACUUAAAUUAUGUCGUGAGACACUAAAAUCAAAAAGGAAUCACACUUAAGAUAUAAUUUUUUCCUCUGUCUGAUGGCAUUCAAACAUUUGUUUUUUUCUUAAGCAUUUCUGUAAAGGGUUCUGUUUCACUUUCACCUUUUUUUGUAAACUUUUUACUUUUUAUUUUACAGUGCUUUGACCUUUUUGAUGUACAGUAUGUCACUGGUUACGCUUAAUAAUGAAGAUAAUUUAUUGCGUCUGAGUUUCCAUCUCUGUGUUACAUGACGUGAGGUGUCCACGCCAGAAUAAAUUUGUCUACUGUAGCAUGUUCUUGUUUUGUUUUGGUUCAAAGAUGCAGGUCUGGAGCAAAAGAAAUGUCUUUUCAAAGAAAAAAUUAAUUGCUAUCAAUUUUGUUCUGUCUUUUUAAUGUUUAUGAAAGUCUGUACAUUGGAUUGUUUUUUGACUAAGUAGGUGUGAACGAUUUUGUGCCACAUCAUUUCCUCUUACUGAAUUUCAACCUGCAUCGCUAUUCUGUCCAGUUUGCUCUUGUACCAAAGACGGCAUCUUUCCCCUGUGAGCUGUGACUUUAGUAUUGUGUCCAACAUGAACAAAACUGUUUUGUUUUUUCUUCCAAUAAGACACUCUAAAUUAUUUUCAUGUGGAGUUUUUCACAUGUACUGUAGUUGUUACUGCUUUUUAAAAAUGUCCUAAUACUUGUCUCCCACUACAAGAUGCUUUUAUCUGUCCACAUUUUGUUAAUUUAGAUAUCGAAUUAUCUAAAGUCCUUCAACGGUGUGUUCAAUGUACAGAAAUUUCACUUAAAUCCCUGGUCCCAAGCUCUCUUUUCUUACAUCCUCAUUAACUGUGUCUAUAGAUCAGACAAUCUUUCAUCAACCACUCCAUUAAGUCUGCGUGACGAUUCUGCAGCUGCCUUUGAAAUCCUCAAGCAUAAAGGUGCACAUUAAUGUAGUCAUUGUAAAAGUCCAAUUCUCAACUUCAUGAUAGAUGAAAAAACUGCUCCUCCUUAUGCAGGAGUUUUUUGGGAAGACAUUUAGCUGAAAACUAGCUCUCAGUCAUUUCGGCUUCAGCUUGAGCUCCAAUCUGUUAUUUAAAAGAAGCUUUCGAGGUGGAUUUGUAUGCAGGAUAAAUGCUUUAAAGGGACUAAAACAGUGACUACCUUUUUCAUUCACGUGUUCAUGUGGCUACAAGUGCAUCAAAACUAUUUCACUGUUGUCCACUUGCCUAUGACUUUUGCCCCUCACGCUGACAUCCACACCAC